AUGACGAGCUUGCGAGAGAGCGAUGCCUCGACAUCUCUCCUCCAUGUUUCGCAAGAGGAGCAUUUGAUUAACAGGGAGGAGGCGCCUAUCCCACUUGACACAUUGCGACUUUCCAAGCAGCCUUCUAUCGGGGACCAAAACGCAUACCAAUUGGUUAGCGAAUGCGAUACCCCGGACUGUGAAGCAGCGGCAGACGACUAUUCAAAGCGUUCAUCACCCCGACCACGGCCACCGACCAAGAAAAAAUGGAUUACUGGGUUGCUACUUUGCGCAUUGGGAGUGGCACUGGCGCUACUUGCCCAUGUCAUUCUCACAGUCAAAUUAGCUGCAAAAGCUGCUUCUGGUGGUUAUGGGUGGGGUUCGUCGUCGGCAGUUAUCUAUGAAGGCACAUGCCACCAGGCAAACCAAAUCGCAACCGGCCUCCAUAUUCUGGUCAACAUCAUAGUUUUAACUCUGACCGCCACAAGCAGCUACUGCAAUCAAGUCCUGGCAGCACCGUCACGCGCAAGAAUCGAUGUUGCCCACGCUCAACGGGUGUGGGUAUCGAUCGGAUCCUCCAGUUUUACAAAUGUCUGGUACGCGCCCCUGUGGCGCAAGACCCUAUGGCUCUUGAUUCUUGGGACGUCUUUGCCAGUUCAGAUGAUAUACAAUUCCUUCAUAUACGUAUCAAUCAACGCCAAUGACUUCGGAGUUGUUGCUGCGCCGAUGGCUUUUGGGAAUAACCACACAGACUUGUCUGAUUUUGACAUCCCUUCUGACUUCCACCACAUAGUUGGCAUGAAUGCGAGCAGCCUACAUAAUGAUCUCAUAUUGGGUAAGCUCGAGAAAUUGAGCAAUGCCACUUGCAUGAAAGCCUACAGUGGUGCUUAUCAAACCGCCCGGUCCACAGUCGUGCUUUUGACUCCAGAUCUUUCCUCAAACCUAACGGUCUGGUCAUGUCAGGUUGGAUUGGGCGAUGGUGGUGGCCUCUCCACCGGCACUGCCUACAAAGGCAGCGAACUGAGUUGCGCAAUGGAUGAAUAUCGAGGCAACUAUACAGUUGGGCCGCCGGUCAGUAACAUGGAGUACCUCAAAGUUCAUGAUUGCUUCAGUCGACCGAUUACGCCAACUUGUGAACUUGGAUGUAGUCUGCCCAUUGGCUUAGUGGUAAUGGGCUGUAUUGCAUUGAAGCUAAUAUGCAUGCUUAUCACUGCCCUGGAGCGUCGAUCAGAGAUUCUUUUGACAGUUGGCGAUGCCCUUAAGUCGUUUUUGACAUGCCCCGAUCCUUACACGUCCAACAACUGUCUCAUGUCUCGAGUCAAUAAAGGACAGCCAAAGGCAUUGCUCGCCUUCAACGACUAUCCCUGGGUAUCUAUAUUCUCCCGCGCCGUGCCAUUCCGCUUGGGACAGCGCCCGACUCCACAGCCGAAAAAGAUAUGCACGGUUCGACAGAGAUGGUCAGCUGCGCUGCCACGUCGACUGUUUGUUUUCCUUCUAUUUUUCAAAGUUGCCCUUCUUGCCAUGGCGGGUCUUGCGUUGGGUGAUAAUACCUCUAUAUUUGGCAUUGGCCAGGCAGCAGACCUAAAUUCAGAGGGCAUGUCAUCAUGGGAACAGAAAAUGACAUCGUUGUACCACACUCAGUUCUACCCACUAGGAUAUAUGGGAUUCAUUGCUACUGUAUUGGCUGUAAAUGUCCCGCAGGCUGUUAUUACGAUAAUCUAUGCGGUCUACAACAAUGCUCUCACUCGGAUGCUACUUGUCGCCGAAUACAACGAUUUCGGCGUCGAACGCAAGCCCCUUCGAGUCUCAUUUCCCACUGGAGAACAACGCUCUACCUACUACCUCUCUAUACCAUACCGGUACAGUGUUCCAUUUGUCGUGCUCUCCACUCUUGCCCAUUGGCUUGCCUCUGAGGCCUUGUCAUUCGUGCAGAUCAUCCCUCGGGAUGCUCAGGGUAAUCUAGAUCGCAGUCGCGCCUUGCGUGGGAUGGGUGCGUCAUCUGUCGGUCUAAGGGUUAUGGUUAUACCCUGGCUUAUUGUAAUUGUGGCUUUCCUCAUUUUGAUGUUUCGGAGGUUCAAAUCGGCCGCUAUGCCGAUUGCAAUGAACUGUAGCGCGGCCAUCAGUGCUGCUUGCCACCCGCCACCUGAUGACAUCGAUGCCGCAGAAAAUCCUGUAAUGUGGGGACAGGCUGAUAUUGAAAUUGCGAAUCUUCGUACAUUCCUUGGGCCUGGUGUAGCAGAGAUCGAGACAAAAUGCCGCCAUACUACCUUCACGUCAAAAGACGUUGUUGAGCCAAGUCCUGAAUUUCUAUACUACUAG